UCGGCGUACACGUAUACGCGGUUGAAGCCGGAAGCGCGAAAGCGAAUAGAGGGGGCGUCAUUCCACGAAAAAAAUAAAAACAGACGGCAGUCACGGUAGCACGCGUGCAGCAAAAAUGUCGCGGACUAUCAUCGCGCACUUGGAGUGCAUUACAAAAUAACGAUAUUUCCUUUAGCGUCUUUCUUUUGGUCGUAGGAGUUACUUUUAUUUUAGACAAUCAUGAUCCGAAGGAGAAAUAUUAUCAAGACUGUGAGGGAAUUUGAUGCAUUUCCAAAAAUUCCUGAUGAUUAUAGGAAGCAAUCGGCUGUGGGAGGAACAUUCUCAAUAGUCAGUGUGUGCAUUAUAAUUUAUCUUAUUUAUGCUGAAACCAAAUAUUUCUUGGAUAGUAGACUCCAGUUUAAGUUUGAACCAGAUACAGAUCAAGAUAAUCAUUUGCAGAUGAAUAUUGAUUUGACUGUAGCAAUGCCAUGUAGCUUAAUUGGAGCAGAUAUUUUAGACUCAACAAAUGAACAUUCAUUGACCACGGAAAGUUUGAAUGCAGAGGACACUUGGUGGGCCUUAACACCAGAUCAGCGAGCUCACUUCGAAGCUUUGAAGCACAUGAACUCAUAUUUCAGAGAAGAGUACCAUGCUAUUCAUGAACUUUUGUGGAAAUCUAAUCAGCUAAUAUUUUCAAGUUCAAAAAUGCCACAGAGAGACUACAAGCCUGAUUAUCCAUUUGAUGCGUGUAGACUGUUUGGUAGUAUAGAUAUAAACAAAGUAGCAGGAAACCUUCAUGUGACUGCUAGUAAAUCCAUAUCUCUUCCACAAGGCCAUGUUCAUAUUUCUUUACAUAUGAGUGAUAAGGAAUACAAUUUUACGCAUAGAAUUAAUCGCUUUUCUUUUGGAAAGCCAAGCCCAGGUAUUAUUCACCCAUUGGAGGGUGAUGAAAAAAUUUCAACUCAUCAUAAAAUGAUGUACCAAUAUUUCAUUGAAAUAAUACCUACGGAUAUUGACAUGUUAAUUCACAAAUCAAAAACUUAUCAAUACAGUGUAAGAGAUCAUGAAAGACCAGUUUCCACAGCAAAAAGACAUGAAUUACCCGGAAUCUACUUCAAGUAUGAUAUUAGUGCACUAAAAGUUAAAGUUAGUCAGGAACGCGAUUCAAUUGGUCAAUUUCUCAUUAGAUUAAGUGCCACUGUUGGAUGUAUUUUUGUAACUAAUGGCAUUCUAAAUAAUCUUGUACAAAAAUGUUGGUACAUCGUAUGUUGUAAAUUUUUCAAGAAGAAUAAUGAAACAAAAAGAUAUGAGAAGUUGACCGUUGAUAAGAAAAUGUUUAUAAAACCUGUUACAUUAAUGAACGUAAUGACUCCAACAAGUGUGGAUAACGUCGACAUUCUUCCGAAUUCUAGUUAACUGAAAAAAAAUAGCCUUGAAUUACAGUAUUUUUUUCAAUAAGCUUCCAAUAUAGAUUUUAUACAAAAUUUUAUAUUUAUCAAUUACUUAAGGCUUUUAUAAUUUAGAUUUAUAGUUUACAUUUUAAAAGAUCUGCUUAUACAUUCUAAAGUUUCAAAGCUUUUGUAAGUCAUACAGAUGAUAUUUGGUUUAAUUUUUCAAAUUUAUAAAAGUGAAUUAUAUCGCUUCACACCUAUUAUAUAUUAUUUUAAAAAUUGGAGAUAUUACAUGAAAGUGAUUUUUUUGUAUUUUCAUGUUCUGAUAAUGAUACUUGUACUAUUUAUUAUAUUGCUUACAAAAAUUGUUGAAAGCUCUAUUUAAAAAUUAUGAAAUUGUACUAGGAAUCGUUAAAUAAAAUUGGGUAUUUGUAAAUAUGGAAGGUUAUAAGGAUAAAAAAGAAGUUAAAGAUCUUAUGUCCAUAAUAUAUAUUUUAUAAUAAUAUAUAUUUUAUAUUAUUCUAUGGUUGUAUAAGUUAUAAACAUGAAGAGCACGACAAGCUGCACUUUUGCAAAUGGAAAACUGCAAAUUAA